UGUGUGUGAGCCAUGAGCAUUCUGUGGUGAUGUGAUGUGAACCUGUGAUCGAGACGUCUGCAAUAUCACAAUAUGUCUGACUAUUUGGAAAUAUUUUUAGAAUUAGCGUAGUCGUAACUAAUAAAAUAAUCAAUUUGAGAGACGUCCAUGCUAUGGACGAUAUAUGACAUACUUUAUAAAAAGAUCGAUAAGGAGACGAGUUAUAGUGAAGAUAUGUGUUGUGGGCCAUUUGCCUUACGUGUGUAUAGUAGAUAUGCGCGUGACGGGACUGAAGGGCGCCGUGCAGAGUGGUGCUUCGGUCUGAGUGCGCAUUGGACGAUAUAACGUUUCACGCCUCGCCAGGGUCAACCUGCGCGACGCGUUUUUUUGUAUAUAUUUUUAUUAUAUAGAAAAUAAACAUGGAUCAAAGAGUGCAAUGCCCUGUGUGUACACUGUACCUACACAGUGGAAUGACCUUAGAGUCACAUUUGGACACACAUCCAAAAGAUCAAGUAAUUAAAGCAUUGUGUACUUUAUCAGCUAAAAGUACUAAUUUUGGAAGCAGGACACCUACUCCAUUAAACUCAGAGAGGUCAUUUAGAAGCAGGUCACGGACACCAGCAACUGACGAUAGUGGACGAUGGGCCAAUUCUCAUCGAAAUAGUGAUAAUGAAAGGUACUGGAGAAGGACUCCAAGUAGAACUAAGUCGACUCCACUCUCGACAAUCUCAAGAAAUCCCACACCAGAUCUCAGGAUUGGGAAUAUUUCAUUUGACAACCAUAUAUCUAACAAUGUUUCAAGUCAGUGCUCUGACUCUUAUACAGUGAAAUCAGAUAAAACACAGCAAACUUUUACUUCAAAUUGUCAGUCCUUAGUAUCAGAUUUCGAUCAACAGUAUCCUUACUAUCCAGAACAACAGGAAGACCCAGAAAUUAAAUUUUCUCGUAGCUCAGAGUACAAUGCACAGUUAGAUAAUUCAAAUGUGUUUGCAUACAAUAUGCCUGUAAUGGGAUCAGGUGUCAAGCUGCCUACGACUAUGAUGCCAACAGUACCUAGAAGGGGGAAUGACUAUGUUAAAAUCUUACCUAAACAAGGAAACCUGCUUGUUAAAACGAAUGUGGCUGGAAUGCAAUACAUACCUUCAGGAGUUAAGCCAAUGCAUGUGAUGAUGCCGGCUGCAACUCCAUUUGUUCAGAAGAAUCUACAAAAUAACAUGAUUAUGACUGGAAAUUUACCUACUAGCCAAUUAUUAGAUCCAAAAUUAAUGGCACCACCAUUAAACAACCAAUUCAAUCAAAUGAAUCACCCGGGAGCUUUUACCCCAGGAACAACAGUAGUCACUCAAAACUCACAAAUAAUUUAUAGGGAGAUGGUUCAUAAUAUAGAUGGUAAACCAUUCAUCUCGAGCAUGCCGGCAGUACUUGGUGGUCCUGAGAAUGUUACAAAUGUUGCUCAGAGCAGUUCAAUGUACCAAAAUGUUAUGGUUGUUGAUCAGUUUGGUAAUACUUCCUGUAUGUAUACAACACCACAACAUAUAUUAUCAAAGCCAUGUGCUCCUAUGUUCAAUGAAAAUGUACCAUUUAUGCAAAAUGUGCCAGAUAAAACUGGGUCAAACGUAAUAACUGAUGGUAAUAAAACUCUAAUUAUUGAAGUAAGCCCAAUGUUAUCGGGCGAACCAAUAAAUGAUACAAGUCAGAACCCACUGCCUCAACAGAAUGAUAAUCCAGUAAAUAAAAUGAUUGAGCAAGAAAAGUCAGAAUCUGCUAUUGAAUCCCCUGGGCCUAGUAAAGGUCUGAAAAUUCUUAGUAAUAUUAAGGUAGAGGUUCCUGUACAGCAUCACAAAAAUAUGCUAAAUACUGUUAUGGACUUGACAGGUUCAACUGAUUCGGACUAUCUGGAACGUUCUAUUACUCCAGAGAAAAUUCUACCAGAUUUAGACGAUAAUAAUCCUAGAUUAUCUGAUAAAUGUACUCAACCAUCUAAUGCUGGUGAAAGUUUAAUUUCAAGUGCAUUUUCUGUGCUAAAACAUUCUAACAAUGCACACAAGGAAAGUACUUUAAAAUCAACAGUUGUAGAGAAUAAACUUGAUACAGAGUUUUCAGACAGUUGUCCAGUUCCUGAUCUCAUUUGUAAUGAAAAGCCGUCUAUAUCUCCAUGUAGUGAAUUAUCUGACCAUGGGGAUAAUUCCAAUGAUAGACUUGUCAUACUAUCCCCUAAACCAGAAAGUAGUAAAAAAUACCAAAGCUUGGCAAAGAAUAUUAGUAUUGAAAAGAAAUUACCAACUAAAUCACCAAAACAUAACCCUCUAAAACUUAAUAAUAUUUUCGUGAAAAAGCAAAAAAAACAUUUGCAAAUAAAGAACUCAAAAGUAUCUUCACAGAUCAAUAUUAAACCUGGUGAUCGGGAACCUAGAGCCUCGUCGUCUACGUGUAAGCUAUUAGAAAACUUUGCAGUGACUAAAACGCACCAACCUGAAAAAUGUGAAAACAAGGGUAAAUUGCAAACUGUCUCAAUAGAGAAAAUUGAAAAUAGUAAUGACGAUCGCAGUGAGUUUGAUGCCAACACUGAGGUGCAGUCGAUGGACAUUGAGCCAGUCACUCCAUCAAAUGUAAAUCCCUCUCAAUAUACUACUACAGUUGUGAAAGAAGAAAUAAAUUCGAACGAAUUUAGCAAUGGAGGUGAUAGAUCCACAGAUCUUGCACCGAUGGAAACCCUCAGGCCAAUAAAUGUGGUCAAUUAUGGCAAUAUGGCGGGCGAAUUUGAUGACGAUUCGAAUCACAGAGAGUUACUAGAUUUAGAAGCUGCAUCGAAAAAUAAGCAAUUUGUAUCGAUGAUGAAUGAAAACUACUUUGGAGAUAAUAUUUACGCAGACUACUUUACCCCAGAUCGCGUUGAAGCGUUCGAUGCUGAAAAAGAAUCGAAUUACGCCAAGGACAACGCAAAAGAGGGAAUGUAUAUUUGGGGUGAAUCAUCGCAGAAGGAAAGUGAAUUUGUUUUACCAAAUUUCAUACACGAGAGUUAUAAAAUAGCUGAAAGCAACGGGAUGGACUAUUCAGAUAUGGGAGCGUCGGGGGAGCAUAUAGACGGUGACAGGUGCGAAGGGGACAGCAAGGCCGACGUGUUGAGUGAGAGUAGAAGUGACGGCGAACCGACUUUGAAUAUCUGUGCCGAUGAGAGGAUGCCGCCUCGUGGAGAACUCAGCGGGCAAGAAAGCAACGGAGACAUGGAAUCACCUUGGAGUGGGAUGUAUUCGGGAGUACCUCCGGCAGAGCCCUACGAUCUAAUGGCGCGAGAGAGUUGGGUUUCAGAUGGGUCCGACAUAGAUGCUAACGAAAAAACAGAAAAUGUUAUUGAAGAAGAACUGCACUUUUCAAAGGCAAGAACGUACAAUUGCGCUCAGUGCGGCGUGAAGUUCCCGUCGCUGAAGGAGCUGCGCGCGCACAAGGCGCUGGCGCACGCGCUGCCCACGUGCUCCAGCGUCAAGACCUCCUACAGCCGCCUCAUGACCGCCCGCGCCAUCAAGAAGGAGGAGAAACCGGACGAACAUGUGCUGGCAGGCAAUCUAUUGUCAUUGGAUACAAAGGAGACGAUGGCUUCGACAAUGUUACAAGUUUACAACGCGAUGAGUGAAGCUAAGCCUCAAAUCGAAGGUUUCAUAAAGCAGGAAACGAAAAAGAGACGAAAAGAUUACGUGUGUCCGACGUGCAAGGUCGACCAGGUCACCGACGCGGCCUUCCACGCCCAUCUCAAGAUACACCCGCUGGAGUGUCUCACGUGCGGGAAGUGUUUCUUCAAAAGAGCAAACCUAGCGUUGCACGUGAAAACGCACUUAGGAAUAAAGAACUAUAAAUGUGAGAUAUGCGAGAAACGUUUCAUAACACGUCAGAAGCUGUCGGAGCACCACAACGUGCACACCGGCCGGACGCCCGUCAAGUGCACCAUCUGCGACGACACCUUCCGACGGUACUCCAACAUGGUGCAGCACAGGGACCGACACCAUUUCAAGAAGAAGACAAAGAUACGCGACUUUGUGUGCCACUGCGGGGCCGUGUUCCACUCGCGCGCCAAGCUGCUGUGGCACAAGGAGACGCACGACGAGAAGCCCAAGGCGUGCCUGUACUGCAGCGACAAGUUCGUGCACGCCGCCUCGCUCACGCGCCACGUGCGCCGCACGCACAACGAGUACUUCCUCGCCGACAAGGCCACGGAGAAGGGCCGGAUGGAGAAUGUGCCUUGCCCUGUUUGUAAACAGAUGUACCUUAGAUCAAAUUUACGUGCUCACUUGCUGACCCACAGUGGGAAGAAACCAUACCACUGCAUCAUCUGCAACAAAGCAUUCACAACCAAGUGGAACUUGAAACUUCAUCGUUGGACGCACCUGAGUCGGUCGGCUAAACCCUUCAAAUGCACGCUAUGUAAAGGUGCAUUCAUCAGGCAAUCCGAUUACGUGUCACACAUGAACGCGCACAAGUCUGUUCGUCCAUACACCUGCAACUACUGCGGCUGCCAGUUCAUUAGGAAGUACAACUGCCAACGACAUGUUCGAGAACACGAAAUGGCUAAGAAGUAUGUGUGUAAAGUGCCCGAGUGUGGUAAAUCGUUCCAUAGGAGUUAUUAUUUAUCUGAACAUAUGAAAGUGCAUAGUGGGGCGAGGCCUUUCGCAUGUAAUAUUUGUGGGAAAACGUCAAGUAAUAAGUCCAAUCAUAAUAAACAUGUGAAGAUACACCACGCGAGGGAGCCAGUUGCGACUGAAGCGUAAGUAUGAAAUUUAUAAAUACGCUGGCUAGGCGACUCUUGAGAGAUUUUUUUAAUGGUACUCAAGAUUUUGUAAUAUAGAAUUAUCUGUCCAGCAAAUGGGUCCAUUUGCUCAAAAUUUCUGCUACUCCUUGGAUUGUGUGCAAUGAAUAUUCACUAUUAAUUUAAACUCAAGUCUAAACAACAAUAUAUAAAAACAGCAUCAUUAACAAAGGUUUUGAUACAGAGUCGCCGCAUUGUAAAUAUUUAGUUAAAUUUAAAUAUAUUGUGUAAAUACAGGACCAAGUUUGUGUAAAAUGAUGAGGAGAAUAUAGAGAGCAUUUUACAGUUAAAAUCAAUACUUAAAUAAAUAUUGUUGUGUGACAGACUUUAUUGUGUUACUAUUUGCACAUUGCAUUUUAUUUUUAAAACUAUUUAUAAUAUUUAAAUACUUGUGUUGAUUUUUUUUCCAAAUCGGCACAAUGUGACUCUGGAUACCUGUUACACUAUUUACUGUAGGAAAAAAAUACAUAAAAAAGUGAUUGUCCUAAUAUUUAACUAAUACCAUACAUGUUUUAAUAAGAUAUGGUUUCAAGUAGUGAAAAAGUUCCUAAUAUUUGAGAUAAUAACGGGUUAGUUACUUGAUGUUUUUGUCUCUGAGAAAAAAAAAAAUAUAUAAAAUAAGAGGUGGAUAUUAAAGGAAGCUGAGAUUUAGCUUUCAACAUUCAAAUCUAAAUAGGUUGUGAACUAAUACUAAUGAAUUUUUGUAAAUAGAUGUAAAAAUUGUUUUUAAUAUAAUAAGGUCAGUCACACUACGAUAUUCUUAAUAAGUAUUUUAGUCAAUUUACUAAAAAGGGCAUUUUGGUAAAGGUACCCCGCUUAAUAAUUUAAUUUCGUAUAUAAUAGAACAAUAAUCUGCUAUUAUACGACGGUAGUUUUAAGUGGCGAGUAAUGUUAUUUGAAGGAAAUUCUGUGAGAAAAUUUUAAUAAACUAGAUACAUAUCAAUGUUUAAAAUAUUAUUCACGCGAUGGUUUGCCAUGCGAAAGGUAUUCAAAAUAAGUAUAAGGUUAAUUGACUUUAAAAAAACUUGUUAUUCAUUAAUAGUUAACAUCAAAAGCAACAUAGUAUAAUAUAAUGUGUAUUAAAUUAAUAUUAUAUCAUUUCUCUACAGGAUUUUUUUCUGUGUACAUACUCGAUUUAACAGAUAAAUUGCUCAAAGACAAUUCUAAUUAAUCAUAGACCAUGUCUAUGAAUCACACUAUUGACAGUCACAUUAAAACUUCUUUUCUAUUUUAGUAUUUGUAUUAAUAAUCUAGUUAUAGUUUUAUUUAUUUUUUACUUUAACAGUUCAACUUUAUUUUUUUAUUAGGUAAUUGAUGAAUUUAAUAACAUAAAAUGCAUGUCUUCCACAUCGCAUAAGUUGAAAUUUUUAUUAAAAUAUUAUACUUUUUUUCAACCAUUUUUCUGACCAUGUACAUAGCAUACUUGCAGCAGGAACAGCGCAAAUUAUCAAUUAAACUUGACAUUAAAGAUACGGUUAAUAAUUUUUACAAAGUAAUAAAAACCUAAUUAGUUUAAUUAUAAUAAUUUUGUGACAGGAAAAAAUAUCUAUACAUUGUUGGUACAAACUUUUAUAUAUUACAAGUGAUUUUGUUUAAUGAUUUUUUUUUUCCUAAUGAAUUAUCUAAUGAUUAAGAUGUGCCUGUGCUAAGCGAAAUUUGGAAUAAGAUUUUGAACGAUAAAAAUGCAACUCUUAAUAGUCAUUCUCAAAUAUAUGUAUUCGUUUUGAAACCAUGGAUAUGUGCUAUGUAUGUAACGAACAUUCAAAAAAAAUUAAAAUCAAUGUUUUGUGCAAUACACAUAAUCUUAGGAUAUCCCACCGGUAAUACAUCACUCAGCGCAGACAUUGCGAGCACAUCUUAAAAUUUAUAUAACUGUUUUAUUUUAUUUAUUAUAAAAACAUAAUUAAUUAAAAAACUCUUUCAUAAAUUACAAUAUUAGUAAGAUUUGUUGCCAUAAAAUAUUUAAGGCGACUUUCAUGAUAUUUGUUACAAUAAUAAAAUAUGAGCUUUAUUGUAAGCGCAUAAGGUCCGUCAUAAAUUCUACUGUGAUUACAAUGAUUAUCGAUGAAGUGUAUUUUUUUGUAUUAGUUUAAUUUCCAUAUUGUGCUUGUAUUUAUUUACACACUGAAAAAUAUAAGAAAAAUGUGCAAUCACCGACCGAUAGUUGUUGUUGUUGUUUCUGAACCAAGCCUCCACCGUUAUUAUAAGAUGUUCUCAAGUUUUUUUUUUUUAUAUUUUAGUUUCUUUGAUUUUUUUUUAUAUACAUGGAUAAACAAUAAUUAUAAAAUUGAUCUGUUGUUUGGUAAUAUUUACAAAUACGUGGGGCUGCGUUCCUUCAAAUAUUUUUAUAUACAUUGAAAUUGUUGUGUGUCUUGUAAAUGAAUCACACCAGCUGUGUUCAUGCGAUAUCGUAUUUUAAUUUUCUGUAUUUUUAACGUAAAUGAAUGAUCUCGUAACUUAACACAACAAAAGUUUGAUUUUUUGUUAUUAUAGUAAAAUUUAGUCUUUAAUCAACGUCUUUAUUCGAAAGCAUUUGAUAAAAGUCACGUCGGUUGCUUUUCGUUUAUCGUAUACUUACAUAAUGCGAGCGUUUAUUGAUAUAUUUUAUCAAAUGAUUUCAAAUUAAAGCGAACUCUUUGCGGUUAUUAGAAUAAAUUGGUUAUUUAUUUUUAAAAUAAUUUGUAAAUACGAAGUAAGGUACUUUUAUUUUGUAACACGUGGGUCGUACACCAAAACUCAGUUCAGCGGGGUUACUGGACUGGAUUAGUG